AUGGAGAAUUCACUGAGGCCUCUGCUUCUUUUUUUAGGGAUAUACAUUUUUUCAAGGCAGUGGAUACUGACCCAUCAGCAAGUCAAUGUGGCCUUAAGAGGAAUAGCAAUACAAUCUUCCACCGAUGGUCACUUGGCUUCUGUAGCUAUUGAUGGCAGCAGAGAAUCUAACAUGGUUUUGUACUCAUGUACACACACAUUUUGGGAGAAUAACCCAUGGUGGAGAGUGGAUUUGUUGGCAGUGUAUGACAUUUGCAAUGUAAUCGUCACUAACAGAGGCGACUGCUGUUCAGAACGGAUAAAUGGUGCUGAGAUCCACAUUGGCAAUUCCUUAAUCAACAAUGGCAACAAUAACCCCAGAUGUGUUGUUAUCUCUAGUAUCUCUGCUGGUGCCUCUGUAAGCUACACGUGUAAUAUGCGGGGUCGUUAUGUGAACGUGUUCCUUCCCAGUGCUAGCCAGAUUCUCUCACUCUGUGAAGUGGAAGUCUAUGGGGUUGCAGUCCCUGUUACUAAGAGGGCAUUUCUGAAAUUAAAGUUUAACAGCAAUGAGGAUCUCAGCAACCCUACCAUAAUGGACAAAGUUCUUCAAAAGAUCAAAUCUGCCAUUGUCCAGUCAUCGGUAUUUAAGAUUCGUUGGACAAAGGAACCAGAAGUAGAAAAGAUGACUUUCUGGCCUACAUCAAGCAAGAAAAUGAAGACUUCACAGAGGCCACUGCUUCUUAUUUUAAGGAUUAGCAUUUUCUCACUGCAGUGGACUCUGACCCAUCAGCAAGUCAAUUUGGCCUUAAAAGGAAUAGCAACACAAUCUUCUGCAUACGGUUCCUAUACUGCUCCCUUAGCUAUUGAUGGCAGCAGAGCAUCUAUCAUGCUUUCACACUCAUGCACACACACAAAUUUUGAGAAUGACCCAUGGUGGAGAGUGGACUUGUUGGCGGUGUAUGCCAUUGGCAAUGUAAUCAUCACUAACAGAGGCGACUGCUGUCCAGAACGGAUAAAUGGUGCUGAGAUCCACAUCGGCAAUUCCUUAAUCAACAACGGCAACAAUAAUUCCAGAUGUGCCAUCAUCACUAGUAUCUCCGCUGGUGACUCUGCGAACUACACCUGCAAUACGCAGGGUCGUUAUGUGAACGUGUUCAUUCCAGGUGUAGUCCGGGUUCUCACACUCUGUGAAGUGGAGGUCUAUGGAGCUACAGUUGCUGUUUAUAAGAGGGCAUUUCUGAAAUUAAAGCUUAACAGCAGUGAGGAUCUCAGCAACCCUACCAUGAGGGACAAAGCUCUUCAAAAGAUCAAAUCUGCCAAUGCUCAGUCACCAGUAUUUAAGAUUCGUUGGACAAAGGAACCAAAACUGGAAACUAAAACCUAGAAAACGGGUAUCAUAAAAUCAUCCUAAGUACAGAAGAAAGAAGAAGAAGAAGCAGUCAAAGGAAAAUAACUAUAAGGAACAAAUGUGUGAGGUUUGGGUGUAGCAUAUGGGACAGUUAGCUAGCUGAUAAUGUAUAAUUACUGGUUAGAAGUAGUACAGUUUUUUUUGGAAAUGUAUGUAUGAUAUAAUUCAUAUUACCAUGUACUACAGUAAUGUAAUAUACUACUACGUACUGUAUAUAAGAUUUAUUGAUGGGUUUAGCAUUGUGAAGCCUAGGUUUGAACUUAACAUAAUAGGUAGAUAUUAUGCUAGUUAGAUAUCUCUUACUAAUUAUAAUUGUGCAGAUGUAUGCAGUAAUAUUCUGGUGAGAAUUUCUCUGCAACACAAUGGAAAACAAAACAUUCAGGUUAUAAAAGCUUCCCAUUCACCUGUACCCUUUACAGUUGCCAUUGCAAUAGUACCAAGAAAACAUUUUACACAAUAGGAUUAAUAAAUUACUGUGAAAUUCUGAAUAGUGCUAAUGAUAAUGAAUGUUUCUUUAUAAUGAUCGCGAUUUUUAUUAUUAUUAAUAAAGCCAUUCUAAUAAGCUUCUAAUAUUGCCAUGACACAAAAUGCAAUAUUAAAUGUUUACAUUUUCCAUCUUUUUAUACCUUAACAUAUCCUUGCUCAGAGCAUUCCAUUCCCCUAAACAAACAUUUGAAAUUGUUAUCAAGAAAAUCUUAUUUAGCAUGCAAGAUAUUCAGUAAUCUGUAACUAAGACCCAAUAAAGAAUUCUCAUUACGAGGACAAUGUCCAGAAUUUCACUGAAACACUUCAGCCUCUGAUUAAUCAUGGAUUCCUUAAAUCUCUAUUCUAGUAGUCUCUGAGGAUUUCCUAUCACUCCACUGUAAAAAUCCAAACACUAAAAAAAAAAAUCUGUAUAUUUUACGGGAAAAUAC